AUGACCGUCUUUGAUUUGGCGGAUAUGACAGUGACCUAUGUGCAGUACAUAUACAUUCUUGUCUCUAUCUCACCGAUGAGCUUUCCCGAUUUCUACGUAGAGCCCUUUCGGAGUCUCCGCUACGUCAGUCUUGAGUUUGUGGACAGAUUGAGUAAAGAAAACUAUUACAGUAAUCCACUGGGAAUUAAGUUACCCGACUGGCUACCGUUAGACUACCGCCUGCAGUUCGCCUUUAUUGCGGUUUUUGCGCCAUUUUUGGCGUCUCUGGUUGGCGUUCUCACGGUUUGCUCCACACUGGCCUUUGGAGGGCUCCUGCUAGUAUUAGCGUCUCUCUUUUCGAUGGUGUUUGGGGCGGUGCUGCUUGCCCAUCCGUGGAUCUACUCGGUAUAUCUUAUUUCCAAGCAAACACGGGUGUUGCUUUUGAGCGUUGGGGCGGCGACGAUGGCGGUGCUUAUUUUAAUUGGGGCCCUUGGUUUUCACUUUUGGCGGCUUCGUCGCAUGCAUGAGCAGGAGGCGAUUAUGGAGGGUACCGCUGCGGUGAGGACUGAGCCGAUGUGGGGUACCUCACUUGCUGAAAAGGCUGUUACGCGCUCGGAAACCAAUCUGCGGGCACUUGCCGCCUUGACGGCGCAUGAGGACAGCAAUAGACGUUACCUGCGUCGCUGUCGCCUUGCUGUGACUCUUCCACAGUUCAUCAUGGCGGUGGUCGUUCUGAUGGUUGGUGUUCUAUUUAUUGGGCUGCCGCCGAUACGUGAUAUCCGUUUCUUUCAAGAAAGCCCAGUGGGGCACACCACCGGUUCUAUCCUGCUGUUGGUUGGCCUUAUGACUUUUGUAUGGGCCAUCUUUGGUGUUUUCAGGGCGGGUAGACGUCUGCAGUUGAAGAUGUACGACCUUCUCUCGAGUACGAUGUUAGGAAUUAUGUUGGUUGUGAUUUCCUUCAUUUAUAGCCCGGUUUUGAUGAAUAUGAUUAAUAUUUUGUGGUGUGUCGAGGUGAAGUGUGGCGCCAAGGAGUGGAUAGGGCCCCCAGGAAGCAUAAGCAGUGCCUCCGGCAAUUCCCCCAUCUGGGGCACACUUGCGUCUCCGUGUUCUCCCUGCAAUUUCUCCGUGCAUGCGCAGAACUGUCCAGCCGCCUUGCAGACGCAGCUUUGUGGGAAUGCCGUUGCUCAUUCCCUCCUUGCCUAUGACUCAUCUGUGCCGUGUAGUGAAGUGAAUGCCUUUUACAAGGUCACCGUGCUGGUGAUUCUUCUGUCGUACACGGUUGGGUACCCGAUUUUCCUGGUGGUGGUGGCAGACCGAGGAACUAUCAUCCUUGAAAGGGAGUACCCACUUGACAAGCGCCUUAUGGAUGAGUUUACCGAGAAGGAACUUUAUUACGAAAAGGUCCGAAAGUCCGUAAAUGUCUCCGCACCAGUAUAUCAAGCCUACCGACGGAGCUAUCGCAAAGCACGUCUGACGUUUCUUCUUCAAAGGGUUCUUUUAGUGACGAUCGGUUGUCUGACGAGUAAAGGCAUUGAGGAAGACUUAGCAUGGAUAGGCCUGGCGCUUGUCCUUGUGGUUUGCAUGCUAUACUUUCUUUACACCACCCUGCUGCACCCCUACGCCCGUCCUGUGGAAAACAUUUAUGGUGCCACGCAACAAUUCACUAUUGUGUGUGUGGCCUCCGUUGGGGUGGUGGGGCAGCGACUUGGGAGACAUGCUAUUCCGUUUGGGGUGGCGGUCCUGUUGGCUGUGUUUGUGUGUCUCGCCCCUUUGGUGGCACUCAUCGUUGGUCUCGUGCGGACGUUUCAGAACGAUCGCGAACGUGCCAAGCGACUGCGGCGACGCCUUGAAAACGGUUUUGCAGUGGAGAGUAAAACUACUCAGGGCCGCUCCUUCACGCCAGAGUUCAGGGAAGACGGUGACCCUCUUAAUGUCACGGGCGGGAACAGAGCCAGUUUGAAGGAUGGGGGAAAUAGGGCGUUUGGUGGCGGUGCCGCGCGUGCGGAGAGUCCGGAGGGGCAGGGCGAGAGGGACAGCCCUUCACGCACGAAGCGGCUCCACAACAGCAGUGCUAGCGGCACUAAAGCAUAUGCAGCGAAGCCGCUGCCCAGGGAGGUGUGGGAAGCAGGCAUGAGCUCCUUGGCCGGACCAAACUACUCAUACCAGCAGCAACGUCAAUCUAACUUGCAGGAAGGCUCCUGCUUGGAUUUUUCGCCAGAAUCUUGUGACGAAGCACCGAGGAGGUUGCAUCAUCUGCAAGAACACUCUGCCCAGGGGGCGGGUCUGGUUAACCCCAGAAAGGAGGAGCCGAGUGGACUUACCUCGCAAUUGAGUGGUUGGGGAGACGCUGGGAUUGUGCGAGCUGCUGCGCCCUCCGCGUCACAACAGAGUCCAGUUGAGGAUGUCAAUUAUGGCGCUCAGUUUCCUGGAGAUGAUUACUUUAAGGAUGCACGGCCGUUUGUACCUGCGGCGUACUUUGGUGGGUUUGACGAUGCCUUGUUGCUUAUCACUGGGGAUGCGGGGGGGAAGGAAGUGAAGUCGCGGAAGCAGUUGCGCGUGAAGGGGGAUGGGUGGUGGAGCGGGGAAGGAACAUUUCGGAACAUUUUCACUUUUUUCAACACUCUCCGAGGACAGCUGACACAAUGGAACACCACAGGGCAGAAAGAACCGACGGAUGAUGUAGCGGAGGGUCUCAAGUCCACCAUUCUCCACGGGGGUACAACGAAGAGGGAAGGGGGGACGAAGGGCGAACAAGAACUACAAGAAGUGACCGAAAAUGCGAAAAAUCAUUCAACGACCUUGGUCCCGCGGAAGAGUGCAUUUUUCCGCUGCUGGAAGCGUUGGCGGAAGGCUCUCAACAUUAGUGGCACCUCACUGCGGUACGCCGAGGUGCUUGAGGAGCGAAGGAGGUUGCAGAAGUCUGCAGGAGUGCAGGGCAGGCCGUUUUGGUUGGAGCCCUCCGAGACACAGCAGCAAACGUACAACGUCCCGGGAAGCUCUGCACCGUCGUAUUGCGCCAGAAAUAACCGUGUGGUGGCAUUUGAGCGAAAUGCCGCUGGGGAACCCACGGCGUUUGCACGGCUGAAGGCGCAUAAAAAUUUGCACCACCCUCCAAUUGUGGUGGAGCACAAGCAAACUCAGGCCUUUCCUGGUCCCCCAUCGCCCACCGACAACAAGCGUUUUCGCUUUGGAGACGCCGAGACCAACUCCUUAGAGAAUGAAGUGGAAAUACAGCUCAGUAGCUCAAGGAAGAGGAGCUCUGUUGAUCAAGCCUCCACGGACUCUGCGGCCUCGCCUAAAGGAAAGCUACAAGAGUCAUUGGUGUCGCUCGUGGGUCACCGAUCGGAGGGGCAUCUGGAGGAGUCCUACGGAACGCAAAAGCGGAAGCAUUCUUCUUCGGCGUACACACGGUUUGAAUGUAUCUCUAACGCAGAGAGGCAGCUGCAAAAGCUGGAACAGUUCUGCGAGCGGGAGCUUCAAGCAACGUACGACGGGGUCCGCCGCCCGACGGUGUUUGCCCCUGUUUAUCCAAAGGUGCACCUGGAGGGAGUGGAGGUAACCGAUUGGGACGAAUUUACGCAACAACUACUCGCAGAGAUCUACAUUCCGAGGGCAGGCUCGGUAAAUCGAUCUUCCUCGUUUUCGAGGAGAGCGGAGCUCGAGGACGCGUCAGAAUACCCGCCGCUGAAGGCUGACGCAGCUACAAACAAAUCGCCACGAACUUCUGGGGGAACGAAGAGAAGAACACAAAAGAGGAUUCCAAGCGUAUCUAUUGACCACGACACUGAAGCAGUACUGCGGCCUCUCCAUAUAGCGUCGACGACGCCCAAGCGCGUGAAGUUGCUGCUGCGUCACUUUAUACUGCGUCGUCGCCUCACUGAGGUGUUUAAGGAGCAAAGAAGUCGGCUUCGUGCGCUGCAACAAGCAGUGGAUUUUCGAAUUGCAGGCACCAUUAAGAAAUACAUGCAGUGGUUCUUCCUUGCCUUGAGUGUUUGUACAACGGUGGCACUGGUCUUCUGUCUCUGUGGAAUGCUUCAGGGGAAGAAAUCCGACUUUGUGGAUGGCGUUUGGCGCAGCAACAGCGUGGAGCAUGAGCUGAUGGGAUACGAUAGUUGGGAAACCUUCACACAGCACUGCUGUUGUCUUUCCAAGGUAAACCUUACCGCCACCUUCCCGUACUACCUACUAGACGUGGAGAAUUGGCUGUGUGACGACGGUCGCGUCAAGCAACGCGUCCGGCGCGACGCGUACGAAAGCACCGUGGUGAGCGGGUACAGUGUGCGAGAGCUCUGCGGAAUGACAUUCCAUGAGGGUUGCUACCCGUUUGUGACUCCCGACAAUCGCGUCAAAUUGCUGGGCUGCAGUAGCGCGGUGACGGAGAUGGAAAAAAAACGCUGGUAG